AUGGACAUUUUGAGUACACAGUUAUGGCCCUUUGGCUUGACUAACGGUCCGGGAGUGUUCAUGCAUUUUAUGCAUGACGUGUUCAGGGAUCUGUUGGAUAGGUUUGUGGUCAUCUACCUCGACGACAUCCUGAUCGGGAUAAUCAUCUCUUUGCCAAGCGGUGUGGAGAUGGACCCGGAGAAAGUAAAGUCGCUGCAGGAAUGGCAGCCUCCGCGGAGGGUCAAGGAUGUGCAGCGACUGUUGGGGUUUGCGAAUUAUUACCGCACGUUCAUUCCUCGCUUUGCGACCCUGACUGCUCCCCUUUCCAAUCUGUUAAGGAAAGGGGUGAAGUUCCGCUGGGGGGCUGAGGAGCAGAGGGCCUUGGAUGCCAUUAAGGCUGCUUUCGCAUCCAAGCCCAUCCUCAAGCAUCCUGAUCCCUUGAGGCUGUUUGUGGUGGAGACGGAUGCAUCGGAUGUGGCCGUAGGGGCUGUGCUUCUGCAAGACUAUGGUCCCACAGGCUCCAAGAUCCAGCAUGAAUUUUUAUACAUGCCUGAAUGCCCAAUACCUUUGCUGGGUAGGGACCUGCUCAGCAAACUAGGGGCCACUAUUUCUUUUGAUGAAGGCCAGCAAAGGAUUCAAGUGAAGCAUCAGCCUGAGACUAUGUGGAGGCUAAUGGUGGUGAGAUCAGUAGAGGAUGAGAUACAGGAGGAGACAUGGAAGGAAUUUGGAGUACCAGGAUUGUGGGCGGAAGAUAAUCCUCCGGGCUUUGCCGCCCACCACCCACCGGUCAUUGUAGAAUUGAAACCAGUAGCCGCGCCUGUGCAUAUUCGCCAGAGGUCAUGCUCCACUGAGGCUAUAGUUGCAAUAUAUGAGAGUAUUCAAAGGUAUCUGAAGGCAGGGAUUUUGGUGCCUAUCCAGUCACCUUGGAAUACCCCCAUAUUGCCCAUUAGGAAGCCAGAUGGGUCCUACCGCCCAGUCCAAGACCUCCGGGUCAUCAACUCCAUGACAGUGACCAUUCACCCUGUUGUGCCCAAUCCAUACACUUUAUUGAGCCUGAUUCCACCUAAAGCAGCGUGGUUUUCUGUGAUAGACCUGAAGGACGCUUUUUUCACAAUCCCAAUUCAUGAGGCAAGCCAACCCUUGUUUGCCUUUGAAUGGGAAAACCCUAGGACUGGAUUGAAAUCACAAUACACUUGGACAAGGCUGCCACAGGGCUUUAAGAACUCACCCACCCUGUUUGGUACUGCCUUGGGAAAGGACUUACAGCAUUUUGUGCCUCGGCAAAGGGGGGAUACCUUGUUGCAAUACGUGGAUGAUGUGUUGGUAACAGGUCAGACAGAAGACACCUGUUGGGACAAUACAGCCUCCUUGCUGGGCUUGUUGUCCCAAUGUGGUUAUAGAGUGUCUAGGAAAAAGGCCCAAUUGGUGAAACAGAAGGUGCGUUAUUUAGGGUAUGAUAUUGAGCAUGGACAUAGAGCCUUGGGAUGGGAAAGAAAGCAGGCAGUUCUGGCCAUAGCUGAACCCACAAACCGGAGACAGUUACGAGGUUUUCUGGGCUUGGCUGGGUUUUGUCGCAUAUGGAUUCCAAAUUACGCCCUUAUGGCAGCUCCGUUAUAUGCAGCCACAAAGGGGGGUGAACAUGAGUUGUUUUGCUGGGAGGGAGAACAGAAAAAGGCUUUUAGGGACGUUAAGCUAGCACUCACAUCAGCUCCAGCUUUAGCCUUACCAAACCUGGAAAAAGCUUUUAAUCUGUAUGUGGAUACUAGGGAUAAUGUGGCUUUGGGGGUCCUGACUCAACAGUUAGGCCAGUGGCAACGGCCGGUAGCGUAUCUGUCUAAACAAUUGGAUGGAGUGGCACAGGGAUGGCCACAUUGUUUGAAGGUCCUUGCUGCUAUAGCAGUCCUGUUGCAGGACUGUAAUAAAUUGACCUUCUCAUGUCCUGUGAAUGUACACACUCCCCAUGCAGUGCAGGCCAUUUUAGAUAACAAAGGGCAUCUCUGGAUAAGCAAUCAAAGACUUUUUAAAUAUCAAGCAUUGAUGAUUGAAAACCCACAAGUUAAAUUGAUUGUCUCAAAUCGGCUAAAUCCAGCCACUUUGUUGCCCGGAGACAUCAAUAUGGAACAUGAUUGCUUGCAAGUAUUGGAGAGUGUUUACUCUAGCAGGCAUGAUUUGUCGGACAUCCCUCUGCAGGCAGCUCAACUCAAUUGGUAUACGGAUGGGUCCAGCUAUAUGCAUGAGGGAAAAAGAGUUUCAGGCUAUGCUAUAGUAGAUGAUGAUAAAGUUGUGGAGAGUGGGCCGUUGGGCCCUGAACACAGUGCACAGGUGGCUGAAUUGUGGGCAUUACUUAGAGCAUUGGAAAGAGCUGUGGGUGAGACUUUGAAUGUGUGGACAGAUAGUAAAUAUGCUUUCCUAACAUUACAUGCACAUGGGGCUGUAUACAAAGAGAGGGGAUUUCGUGACUCAGCGGGUAAAUAUGUACAACAUGGACACCUCAUUCAACGCCUCCUUAAUACAGUACAGAUGCCAGCUAAGGUUGUAGUUAUGCAUUGUAAGGGGCACCAGAGAGGAGUAGAUAAGAUGUGGAAGCUAGGAUCUGUGGCCAUGGAUCUGGGAGUUUUGCCCCCGGCAAUCCAGCCAACGUAUUCCCAGCAAGAAUGUGUUAAGGCAGUUACAGAUCUUAAGGCAACUAUCAAGGAUGGGUGGUACGUGUUAUCUGAUGGGCGCAUCUUCGUUCCACAGUCCUCAGCUUGGGCUUUGGUUCAAUCGUCGCAUGAUGCUACCCAUAUGGGCAACUUAGGGCUGGAAGAGGCAUUGGGACGAGAUUAUUAUAUCAAUGGGGUGGCUGGUCAGUGGAGCAGGCCAGAGGAAGCUCCACAAGUGGUACUCUCUUAUCUGAUCGGAACAGGUGAAUGUGGUGGUAAUCCCCAUCUUGCUUUCACUCCAGAGUGUUGGAAUGGG